AUGGCGCCUGCGCCCUCAACCCCUUCCCGCGCCGCUUCGCUCUUAUUGGCCACGCUUUGCCCGCGCUUCAACCCGAUUGGCUCCGAGCCGGGAAGUGGGCGUGGUUUCUGCACAUGGUGGCGAUGGCGGGCGGCGUGUCCGGGAGGACGGACCCGUUCCCGGGCCGGCGCCGGUGCCGCGGGCCAGAGUGAAGCGGUUCCUGCGGGGGCGCCGAGCAGAAAGCGCCCCGCGCCGUCGCCCCCCCGGCUCCGCUGGCACCUGAAAAAUUUGGGGAAUCAGGAAAAUUCAGCGGCGGAGAAAGCGGCGAGAUGGGAACCGCUGCUGCCCGAGGAGCCGGGGUUCCUGGAGGCGGAGGCGGGCGAGGACACGGCCCGGAUCUCGCAGCGCCAGAUCGCCGACGCCGCCGACAUCGGCAGCGCCGCCAAGCACUUUGAGCUGCGCCUGGAGCAGUUCGGGCCCUACCGGCUGGACUACACCCGCAACGGCAGGCACCUGGUACUGGGCGGGCAGCGCGGUCACGUGGCCGCCCUGGACUGGGCCCAGCGGCGCCUCCUGAGCGAGUUCAACGUGCUGGAACCAGUGCGGGACCUGCGCUGGCUGCACUCGGAGUCGCUGCUGGCGGUGGCGCAGCGGCGCUGGCUGCACGUCUACGACAGCCAGGGGCUGGAGAUCCACGUGCUCAGGGCCUUCCAGGGCGUGCUGCGCCUCGAGUUCCUGCCCUACCACUUCCUGCUGGCUGCCGUGAGCGAGCUGGGGCUGCUGCAUUUCCUGGACGUCUCCGUUGGUGCCGAGGUGGCGACGCUGCGCACGCGGAGCGGCCGCGCCGGCGCCAUGGCCCAGAGCCCCCGCCAGCGGCAUCGUGCUCCUGGGACACGCCAACGGUCAGGGAAUUUCAUCGGGAAUUCCGGAGGUUUCACUGGGAAUUUCAUCGGGAAUUCUGGGG